UGAUGUGAAAAUGAUGAUAAAUCCUUGUUGUGCUGUGAAAAAUCUUUACAACAUAAUUUUAAAUUGAUCAAUCAUGAAUUCUGUAGUAGACAGUGUUGAAAUUUUUUCAUCAAAUUUCAACAAUAAAAAAGAUAAUGAUAAUGUUGCGAUUGUUUGGAAAAAUCUUCGUUAUGAGGUGAAUAAUUGGCUAAAAGGUAAAAAAAUUAUUCUACGACGUUUAAAUGGUCAUCUUGAAUAUAAUAGUCUUACCGGAUUUCUUGGACCAAGCGGUGCUGGAAAAAGUACACUUUUAAAUUGUUUGAAUGGUACAUAUCGAUCAGGACUUUCAGCCGAUUCUGAAAUCUAUAUUAAUCGGCAAGAAGACGAUAAACCACGAAUCGGUUACGUUCAACAACAUGUUCAUGAAACAAUGAUAGGAUCGAUGACAGUAUGGGAAAUAUUAUACUAUGCAUUUCGAUUCAAGAACAGUUACAAACAUGAUCGAUUUGAAAUGGAUAAACAUAUCGCCAAUAUUAUUGAACAAUUAUUGCUCGAUCCGAAAGUUUUGGAUAGAAGAUUCAAUCUUUGCAGUGGAGGUGAACAAAAACGAAUCGCUGUUGCACAAGAAUUGAUGUCAUUAAAAUCACCAACAUUUUUGUUUGUUGAUGAACCGACAACCGGAUUGGAUAGUCAUGCUGCUUUGUUGAUGGUACGUUGUUUACGAAAGUUAGCUGAUGAUCCAAACAAUCGAUUAACGAUUCUGGCAUCGAUACAUUCGCCCAAUUCGGACAUUCUCAAAAUGUUCGAUAAACUUUACAUUCUGGCCAAAGGUGGUGUUUGCGUUUAUUCGGGAGUGCCAAAAUUGUUAGCACAAAAUCUUGAAGAACAUAUUGGAUUAAUUCAUGAUCGAAACAAACCACCAAUCGAAGAAUAUCUGGCCAUCGCAUGCCAAGGAACUGGUGAUGAAAAUGUUCGUCGAUUAGCGGAAGCAACUUGGUCACAACAACAAGACGAAUUAAAACCAUUAAUACCAAAAAUGAAAUAUCUGCCGCAAGGAAUCAUUGUUGAUCAUAAGUUAUUUUCAUUCGUAGAUUUUCUACUGCAACUUGCACGAAUGUUUCAAUUGAUAUUCAUCAAACAAAUCAAUUCCCGAAUCUUCACAAUAAUAAUGGUGACUUUUGUCUGUCUUUUUCACUCGAAUUCAUACGAUCCAAAUAUUAUCGAGCCAGAUACAUGCGUUUCAACGAUUGAUUUCACAGAACCGGAAAAUAAUCAAACUUGUAAAGAAAAAUUAGAGGAAUCAUUCCAAAUUGAAUUCUAUAAUUAUUAUCAAUGUAUGAUCAUUAUGUUGAUGGGUUAUACCAUCAGUGCUGUAAGCAGUUUAACAUUCACUUCACUUAUAAAAGUAUUCAAAAAUGAACAUCGAAACCGUUGGCACAGUGUUGGCGUUUCUUAUUGGCCGGUGGUAAUUGUUCGAUUAAUAGAUUUUACAAUUCUUGCUCUACAUACGACAACAUUGAUAUAUUUCUUGAUCGAUCAUACUUUUAUUGAUGAUGGUUAUUUUAAUUGGUAUCGAUUUGCUAAUUUUUUUCUUUUUAUGUGGAUGUUUUUCUUCUAUAUACAAUCAGUUGGUCAAUUAUUUAGUAUCGUAUUUUCAAAAUAUUCUCAAGUUGCUGUUGCAAUAGCUGGAAUUGCAUACGCACCACUUGAUUUUAAUAAUGGCUAUUUUUUUCCAUAUAAUUAUAUUGUCAAUCCAUCAAGUAAAAUAAUUAGUGAUAUAUUGGGCACUAAAAUAAUAAGAAAUGGGCUUAUUAAUGCAUUCUAUGGGAUUGAUCAAUGUGAAAUAAAUCAAAUAUCUUCAGUGUUGAUCGAUAACGGAAUCAACCAGAAGACUGUCUACACCGAUCUAUAUAAAAUUUUAAUCAAUUCAAUCGCUUUACGAAUAUUGACAUUGUUCUUAUUGAUGACGGAGUUUCAGAGCUGGAAAUUUCCGUCGAAGAAAUUAUCAAAAACAUCAAAUAUCACCGAAUUAAUUAAAAUCGAUUACGAUAACUCUAAUAAUAAAUCAAUCCAAACUUUAAUUCAAUCAAAUGAACGAAUGAAACUUAAAGAUGAAACAGAAUUUGAAAAAUUCUCCAAAAAUAAAAUCAUCAUCGCUUGGCGAUCAUUGAGUUUGUUCAAUUCUGGUUCAUAUUUAGAGCUGCGAUCUGCUUUGAAACUUGAAGAACCAAAGUACAUAUUGCGCAAUCUGAAUGGUCAAUUUCGUUUUGGAACAUUGAAUGCUCUGAUGGGAACGUCGGGAGCUGGAAAAACCUCUUUACUCAAAGUGUUGAACGGCAGGGACAAAACACGAUUGAGUAGUGAAACUAAAUUCUAUCUCAGCAAGUUCACGCCAUUGCGAACCUGUUACAUAACGCAAGAAAUUUCGUCUCAUUUGACUCCAGGUUUGACAGCCCAACAGAGUCUUAUCUACGCAAGCAAGCUGAAAAACCUUGGCGAAAGCAUCGAUCAUAAAAAUAAUGUUGUCAAUGUUNCGGCUGACACACUUGUCAAUAAAUGUUCUGGUGGACAACGAAAACGAUUAGCAUUGGCUUUGGAACUGAUGUCGCUAAGAAUGCCCAAUUUCAUUUGCAUUGAUGAACCGACUAGCGGACUGGACUCGAACUCGGCCGAAGUGAUCAUCUCCUGUCUGCGAAAAAUGUCACAUAAACACAACAUCACUAUAGUGGCAGCUAUCCAUCAACCGAAUACUGAAAUGCUCAUGUUAUUCGAUCAGAUCUACAUUCUUUCCAGAGGUGGUGUUUGCAUCUUCUCUGGACCACCAUCGCAAAUCAGUGAUCAUCUUCAGCAAGUUUCUACUGAUCACGACAAUAAUGAUGAAAAAUUUGCAGUCGAAGAAAUUAUGAAAUAUUCUUGUUUGAAUCACUCAGAUCCUCAAAUUAAAACGCUCUCUAAUUCUACAAACCAAACAAUCAUAAGUAAAGAGCUCGAAAAUCAUUUAAUGACUGAUACUCAAUACGUUUUAGAUGGUCCAAAUGCUAAUCGUACUCGAUUUUCAUUAAGAUCUGUCGUCAUCUUGAUCCAACGGCAGUUCUAUUUCUAUAUUGGAAAUACUAUGUCUCGAUUUCUAAUAUUUUGGUUCAUGUGCUUUAGCGUUUUAAAUGGUUUUAUAUUGAAAGGUUUGACAAAUAUUAGUAUGGUCUUUCUCAGUGGUUGUAUGAGUUUGGAUGAAGAUUUCGCCAACUGUAAUCGUUCUAAUGACGAUAGAACGAAUCUUUUGCUAAAUAAUCACUAUAUACAUCACUGUCAAGAUUGUUUGGGUAUAAUUACUUGUAUCUUUUUUGCUACAAUGUUCAUGUCACAACGAAAAUUAUUCAAAAUCGAACAUCAAAAUGGUUGGUACAGUUCCGGUGCAUUUUAUCUAUCGAAAGCAGUAUGCGAGAUGCUCAUUGCUUUGCCCGUUAUCGUAUUAUAUCCGAUUGUUGUCGACAUUUAUUAUCCAGUUCGAAGUCAUGUAUGGUAUUAUAUGAUAAUGAUCAUCAUACUGCCAAUGAUUGCAUUUCAAGGUGCCAGCUAUACGCUUUCUAUUUUGUUUGGAAGCAAUCCAUUAAAACUUUACAUUUCAAUUCCAGCUGUAUUGUUGUUAUCAAUUAGCAGCAUAUUGACUCCAAAUAUAUCGCAUUAUGCAUUCAAAUUGAUUACGACUUUCAAUCUUUUCCGGUAUCAAAUACAAGCUAUAUAUUUUUUAGUAUAUGGUUUCGGUCGAUGUGGUCAUAGAGAAAUUCAAGUGCUGUUGUAUAGAUUCGGUUUGAAUCAUGAUGAAGAAUACUAUCAUAGUAUCAUAAUGACAGCCAUCAAUGCUAUACUAUAUCAAACAAUUGCAUUAUCAUUGUUUUAUUUUUACCAUAAUCCAUUUCAAAAUCGACGUAAACGUGUUGAACGUAUUGAAUAUCGAAAUCAACGAAAAUUACCGUCAAACGUAAUGAUACCCGGUCUUAGUUGUUCGAAUGAUUUUAUCAUUAGACAAAUUCAAGUUUAA